CGUAGUCCUGGCGACUGUAACCCACCAACAACAACCUCUCUCUCCAUCAUUACCACCUCCUCCACCAUCCUCAUCUUCAUCAACUAGUCCACAAGCUCAGGCGCCAUGCAGACCCCUGAAGCAGGCGCUGACUCCACCUCCACUGUCCCUCUUCAGACCACUGUGCCUGUCCAGCCUACCGGCUCCACCCAGCAGGUGCCUGUCCAGCAGCAGGCCCAGACUGUUCAACAGGUUCAACAUGUUUACCCAACACAGGUGCAGUAUGUCGAGGAAAACAGUGGCGUCUUCACCAAUGGCAACAUAAGAACCUACUCCUACUCAGAGCCGCAGCUAUACAGCCAGAACAGUGGAGGGAACUACUUUGACACACAGGGCAGCUCAUCACAGGUGUCCACUGUGGUGACAUCACAUGGCAUGACCAACAAUGGAGGAGGGGGCACUGGAGGAAUGAGCAUGGGUCUGGCGGGGGGUCAGGUAAUCAGCAGCAGUUCUGGGGCUUACCUUAUGGACAGUGCUGGACCCCACCCUGCAACCCAGACCGCACGAGCUUCACCAGCUACUAUUGAAAUGGCGAUUGAGACUCUCCAAAAAUCUGAGGGUUUAUCCAGUCAGAGAAGCUCACUGCUCAACAGCCAUCUCCAGUGGCUGUUGGACAACUAUGAGACAGCAGAGGGAGUAAGUCUGCCACGAUCCACCCUCUACAAUCAUUAUCUGCGCCACUGCCAGGAGCAGAAAUUGGACCCUGUAAAUGCAGCCUCUUUUGGCAAACUCAUUCGCUCCAUCUUCAUGGGACUCCGUACAAGACGCCUCGGGACAAGAGGGAACUCCAAAUAUCAUUACUAUGGUAUACGUGUGAAGCCAGAUUCCCCACUUAACAGACUUCAAGAAGACAUGCAGUACAUGGCCCUCAGACAGCAGCCUGUUCAGCAGAAACAGAGGUUCAAGCCAGUGCAGAAGUUUGAUGGUGGCUCUGGGGAGAAUUACUCAGGUGGAGGCCAGCACCAUCCUGGUGCUGCAGAGCAGACAGUUAUUGCACAGAGCCAGCACCACCAGCAAUUCCUAGAUGCAUCACGGGCACUCCCUGACUUUGUGGAGCUGGACCUUGGACUGAGCAAUACAGAGAGCAUCAGCCCAGAUGAUGUGAAAGCUCUCCAGUCCCUUUACAGAGAGCACUGUGAGGCUAUCCUGGACGUGGUUGUCAACCUCCAGUUCAGUCUGAUUGAGAAGCUGUGGCAGACAUUCUGGCGUUAUUCUCCCCCUGACACUGUAGAGGGUGCCACUGUCACAGAAAACAGCAGCAUAAGUGAGAUUGAAGCACGGCUCCCCAAAUCACAGCUAUUGGUGCUGUGCAGAAACGAGGCUGUACUCAAAUGGAUGAGCACCUGUGACCAUUUAAUGUACCAGGCCCUUGUGGAGAUCCUUAUUCCUGAUGUCCUGAGACCCAUUCCCAGUGCCUUGACUCAAGCCAUUCGCAAUUUUGCCAAAAGCCUGGAAGGUUGGCUUACUAAUGCCAUGAAUGCCAUUCCACAGAGAAUGAUCCAGACCAAGAUUGCCGCUGUUAGUGCCUUUGCGCAAACAUUGCGCAGAUAUACAUCUCUGAACCACCUGGCUCAGGCGGCACGUGCUGUGUUGCAAAACACAUCACAGAUUAACCAGAUGCUGAGCGAUCUCAAUCGUGUUGACUUUGCCAAUGUACAGGAGCAGGCAUCGUGGGUGUGCCAGUGUGAGGAGGGAAUGGUUCAGCACUUGGAGCAGGACUUCAAGGCCACAUUACAGCAGCAAAGCUCUCUGGAGCAAUGGGCAGCCUGGCUGGACAAUGUGGUCACUCAGGUCCUGAAGCCCUACGAGCAUCGGCCCAGCUUCCCCAGGGCGGCUCGACAGUUCCUGCUAAAAUGGUCCUUCUACAGCUCUAUGGUGAUCAGGGAUCUGACCCUGCGCAGUGCUGCCAGUUUUGGUUCCUUUCACCUGAUUCGCCUGCUGUAUGAUGAGUACAUGUUUUACCUGGUGGAACACCGCGUGGCUCAAGCUACUGGAGAGACACCCAUUGGUGUCAUGGGGGAGUUUGACAGUCUCAACACCUUAUCCCUUACUAACAUUGAUAAAGAUGAAACAAGUGGGAUGGACAGUGACUUAGAGGAGGACACAGAGGAGUCUGGGGAACCUCUCGCCAAGCGUGAGAAGUCGGAGCACGAGGUAAUCCAGGUGAUCCAGGUCGGGGCACUAGAGGAUGGGUCUCACCCUGUGGUGGGUGUUGUCCAGCCAAGUGUACUCCACUCUCUACCGCAGCCCCCGCAGGACCACACUGAGCACAUCCUUACCCCUUCUAUUGGUACUCCAACCAUCCGCCACUGCAGCACCACAGGCAACACCUAUGCCUCUGUUUGAGGGUCUGAGGCCAUAGCCGACCUUGUCUGCCCCGUUACUCUCCACAUAUCUUUCUCUCUGUAAGUCUUGAUGUUUGUGUCCUUUUUCACGCAUUGUCUCUGUUUGCACCAGUGUGGAUGUGCUCUCCUCUCCCAGCGGGGUCCGUGGAGGAGCGAUCAAGUGCUGAUACACUGGCCAAGAUGUGCUGUCCUUGUCUUACUGCUUAGAUUCUGGAUGUGCUGUCAUCCGUUAAGUCUGUGCUCGGCAGCUGAUGGAAGGGACCUGAAGGAAAAGGACUAAUUUGACCCAUUAAAUGUUUCUCAUUUCUCCCUCUGUCUGUGUAUACAGAUGGGUUUUAUCCUGAAGAAAAAUUCAAACUACUGAUGUCUCAGAGCUCAAAUCCAUGUCACUAGUCCCAGUGGAGCAAAGGCAUUGAUUGACUCAAGACCUUACCUAUUGUACAUAGUUUUGCUGUACUUUCAAUUGAUAUUACCUAAAAAAACAAAAAAAAAACAAACAAACAAAAAAAAACAUCACGGUGCUAUCAUUGUGUCCUUUUUUCCUUAAUUUUCUAGUUAAUCCUCCUAAUUUUAGUAUGAUUUUUGUCAUGCAUUCCAACUGCUGAUACACUUUUGGUUGAACAAAAUGUUUCUGUAUGUAGCUACAAAAGACAAAGGUACAACUUUCAGUUUAUAUUUGACUUUCAAUUAAGGAUCACGGGGCAGGUUUUUUCUGUUCCGUUUGAAAAUGAUUUAGUAGCCACCCACCGAUAAACACUUAGAGCUUUUAGCUACAGGAAAAAAAAACCCUAAAGAGAUGUCACUGCUGCUACUCUUGUAUAUAGGAAUUAAAU